GUGCAGUGGAAAUGUCAUUUGAUUAUUUGCUAAGAUAAAGGAUGAUUUUAACACUUAGCACCAGGAUUAUCUUUGCAAAGUUUGUUUCUUUGCUUAUGCAGAGUUGACAUCAGCAGCAAAGUAGUUACCAGAAAUAACCGAGCAAUGGGUGUAGUCAGUGAUACACAAGUGAUACGUUUUCACCGUUGAAGUUUUUCAUUUCAAAUCCUAACACUGAAGUCCUGUGGUUUUUGCUCUAAUCUUUGUGUUAGUGCAUUUAGUUGUUGUUGCAAAGGUAUUUCCAAUUUAAGCACGUACAUCUGCGUUUAACAAGAUGAGCCACAUGCAUUGUGCUUGGUGCAUAACUUCCCAAAAAAAUGUAUUACUCAGAUAUGAUGUAAGCCUUUGAGUUUGUUACAAUAUGUUAAACUUAUUCAUAUGCAGUCAUAGUGUAUUCAUGUUGUGUUACAUGAUCAUAUGAAACGGGCUGACAGUAACACAAGUGGCAUAGAACAGAAUUAUAGAGAGGAUGUGGGGAAAUGUGAAAGAUAAGACUGCAGAAAAACACAGCGGCACCACAAGUCUGCAAACAGAGUGAUAGAUUCCUCUUUCAGAGGUAAAAAUGCAGUGAGAAAAGCAGUUCUUUGACUUAAGGUUCACACAUAAGAAGUAACGUGAAGUUUUACAAUAAAAGUCUGCAAAGACAAAUGGCUCCUGGUCAGUGAGGUUUUUAUACACUAGUUCAAUACAGGAGAGGUAAACUCAUGGUGGGACUUGUGGCUCUUCAUCUCAUCAUCGUACUGCUGGUUGACCACAUAGGAAAGAUAAUGGUGUCAAAGCAGUUACUACUAACUGUUAACUAACUGGCCUAAAUGCUUUAUUUUUAUUCUUUGCAAUAAACAGGAGGGGAUGGUGGGUGGUAUAACAUUUAGGCCAGUAGUUCCCAACUGGUGGGUUGCAGGAUCAUUCCGAAUGGACAGCAAGUGACUUGCGAACAUGUGAAGUUUGUAAAAAUCACACUUUAUUUUGAAGUACAUUGAAUUUCCAGCACAGAGCUUUUAUUUUGAAGUGCUGUUUCCUGCUGUAGAGUGAGUGACUAACGGACAGCUACUUAACAAAGACAGCAAACCAGCUUGAUGGCAUGGCCAAAUGACUAAAGAGAAAUCUGGACCCCGUGGCUGGACCAGUUGGGAACCACAAAACAGCACAUGUGCAAUAAGGAACAGUGGUGUAGUGGUGGUUCAUAAGAUCCCAGCACUGUGAAGCCAAGGGCUGAGUUAAAGGACGACAUCAAGACAUCUUCCCUCCAAGAUGCUGUACUGUCCUGUGAGCCAGAAAGCAAACACCAGCACAUUUCUCCCAUCAAACCAAACAGCCAAGGUGACUUCCUUGAACCUGUUCACCAUUUCCCUCCAUGGCAUUUUCUCUUCCAUUGGUAUAUUCGAAAACCUCCUCAUCCUGGGAGUAGUGGGCUUCCAUGUCCGUCGCUCUGUCAUCAGCAUCUGGAUCCUGAACCUCGCCGCCUCUGACCUGCUGGCCACCUCUUCCCUGCCCUUCUUCACCCUCUACAUGGCCCGCGGCAACACCUGGACCUUGGGCCCGACCUUCUGCCGCAUCCAUUCUUCCAUCUUCUUUCUCAACAUGUUUGUCAGUGCCUUCCUGCUGGCGGCCAUUUCUAUGGACCGCUGUCUGAUGGUGCUGAGACCCGUCUGGGCGCAGAACUACAGGAACAUCCAACUAGUGGGGAAGAUUUGUGGGGUGCUUUGGGCCUUAGCUGUGCUGUUCACCAUCCCCUUCUACAUCUUCCGUGAUACCAUUCCUAUUCCUGGUGGCAAGAUCCUGUGUUACUACAAUUAUGCUCGCCUCCUCCCUGCUGAACCCUUUGACCUACAAGCUUUGUGUAAGCGGCGUAAGGAGGCCUUGGCCCUCCUGAGACUCUUCCUCGCCUUCCUGAUCCCUCUACUGAUCAUCAUCCUGAGCUAUGCUGCCGUGAAUAUCAGCUUGGCGCGCAGAGGCUGUCGACGCUCUUUCCGUUUUGUUCGGCUCGUAGUGGCUGUGGUGGUGACUUUUAUUCUCUGCUGGGCUCCGUACCACUUCUUCAUAGUCUUGGAGGUGAUGGCCCCCAAUGGGCAUUCUGCACAGCUAUUUGCAAGCCGUGCGCUCCCAAUCGCAGCAACCAUCGGCUUCCUGAACAGUGUCCUUAACCCCAUUCUGUAUGUGUUCAGCUGCCCUGAUCUGUGCAGGAAGAUCAGACACUCUCUGGGUGCGGUGAUGGAGAGCGUUCUGGCUGAGGAUCUGGCAGAGCUGUCCCGGCGCCGCAGCACCGCUCGCACCUCUCUCAGUAACACCACCGAGGUUAUGUUAAAGAAGAAUGCUAUUACCACCUAUACAAAAGCAGAUGAACGAGACCAGACUGAAGAUCUUGUUAACUCUGAUCAGAGCUGAACGAUAAUAUUGCAU